UGGCUGCACCAAUGGGCAGCUGCCGAGGGCAUGCUCACUCUCUGUGCUUUCCUUUUGGUCGAGCAGCGUGGGCUAAAGCAGUGUCUCAGGGAGCAGUAACACAUUCAUUCUGCGAGAAUAGCGACUUCUACAGCUGAUUCAGAAUGGACUCCUCUUUGAGUGCAGCUCAAAUCCGUGAGAAGUUCAUCGACUUCUUCCGUGGCUAUGAGCACACGUACGUCCACUCGUCCUCCACCAUCCCUCUGGAUGACCCCACGCUGCUCUUCGCCAAUGCUGGCAUGAACCAGUUCAAGCCAAUCUUCCUCAACACCAUUGAUCCCUCCCACCCUAUGGCCAAGCUGCGUCGUGCCGCCAACACCCAGAAGUGUAUCCGCGCAGGAGGUAAACACAACGACUUGGACGAUGUGGGCAAAGAUGUCUACCAUCACACCUUCUUCGAGAUGCUGGGCUCCUGGUCCUUUGGGGACUACUUUAAGCACCUAGCUUGUAAGAUGGCCUUGGAGCUUCUGACCAAGGAGUUUGGUAUUCCCAUCGAACGUCUGUAUGUCACCUACUUCGGCGGGGACGCUGCAGCAGGCCUGGAGCCCGACCUGGAGUGCAAACAGAUCUGGAUCGACCUAGGGAUGGAGGAGGCUCGCAUCCUGCCCGGCAGUAUGAAGGACAACUUCUGGGAGAUGGGAGACACGGGCCCCUGCGGCCCCUGCAGUGAGAUGCACUACGACCGCAUUGGUGGGAGGGACGCCUCUCACCUGGUGAACAUGGACGAUCCCAACGUCCUGGAGAUCUGGAACCUGGUGUUCAUCCAGUUCAACAGAGAGUCAGAGACAGAGCUGAAGCCCCUCCCGAAGAAGAGCAUCGACACUGGGAUGGGCCUGGAGCGCCUGGUGUCCGUGCUGCAGAACAAGAUGUCCAACUACGACACAGACCUCUUCAUCCCAUACUUCGAAGCCAUCCAGAAGGGCACAGGUGCUCGACCUUACACUGGUAAAGUAGGAGCCGAGGAUACCGACGGUAUCGACAUGGCCUACCGUGUGCUGGCUGACCACGCCCGCACCAUCACAAUCGCCCUGUCUGAUGGCGGCCGACCUGACAACACAGGGAGAGGCUACGUGUUGAGGAGAAUCCUUCGUCGCGCAGUCCGUUAUUCCCAUGAGAAGCUCGGAGCUGAGAAAGGCUUUUUUGCCUCUCUAGUGGAUGUGGUGGUCGAUUCCCUGGGCAAUGCCUUCCCGGAGUUGAAGAAAGACCCUGAAAUGGUGAAGGACAUCAUUAAUGAGGAGGAGGUGCAGUUCCUCAAAACCCUCAGCAGGGGGCGCCGUAUCCUCGACAGGAAGAUCAUGAGUCUGGGCGAGAGCAAGACCAUUCCAGGUGACACAGCAUGGCUGCUAUACGACACAUACGGCUUCCCUCUGGACCUGACCUCCCUCAUCGCAGAGGAGAAGGGCAUGGCGGUAGACACCGCUUCCUUUGAGGAGGAGAAGAAGGCAGCACAGUUGAAGUCCCAGGGUAAGGGCGCAGGAGACGUGGACCACAUGAUGUUGGACAUCUAUGCCAUUGAAGAGCUGAGGAACAAGAACAUCCCCGCCACAGACGACUCUUCCAAAUACAAAUACACGUCGGAGGAAGACGGCAACUACAACUUCGAGCAGGCCUCAGCCACAGUGAUGGCCCUGCGCUGCGACCGUGCCUUCUGCGACGAAGUGACGACGGGUCAGGAGUGCGGCGUGCUGCUGGACUCCACUUCCUUCUACGCCGAGCAGGGCGGGCAGACCUUUGACGAGGGGUACAUGAUUCGCGAGGACGACAGCUCAGAGAUUUUCCUGUCUCUGCAGCGGAUGGAGUUCACGGUGAAGAAUACACAAGUUCGAGGAGGUUUCGUUCUCCAUCUGGGGACAGUCUACGGCACUAUGAAGGUUGGAGACCGCGUCACCUUACGCGUCGAUGAGGCUCGUCGUAGGCCAAUCAUGAGCAACCACACCGCCACACACAUCCUGAACUUCGCCUUGCGGGGGGUUUUGGGGGAGGCAGACCAGAGGGGCUCCUUGGUGGCCCCCGACCGUCUGCGCUUUGAUUUCACUGCUAAAGGCGCCUUGAGCACAGGGGAGGUCCGCCGGACGGAGGAGAUCGCUUGUGCUAUGAUAAAAGACGCAAAGCAAGUCUACGCCAUGGACGCCCCACUAGCAAAAGCCAAGGCUAUCCAGGGCCUGCGCGCCGUGUUCGAUGAGACGUACCCCGACCCGGUCCGAGUCGUGUCCAUUGGCAUCCCUGUAGAGGAGCUGCUGGAGAACCCCGAGAGCACCGCCGGUUCUCUCACCUCCAUCGAGUUUUGUGGUGGAACCCAUCUGCGGAACUCGGGUCACGCCGCGCCGUUUGUCAUCGUCUCAGAGGAGGCCAUCGCUAAGGGCAUCCGCCGCAUUGUUGCUGUGACAGGAACAGAGGCCCAGAAGGCUCAGAGGAAAGCUGACUCCCUGCUCCAGUCUUUGUCCGCACUGGGAGAAAAGGUGAAGCAGCAGACGGCCCCAAACAAGGACAUCCAGAAAGACAUCGCCGACAUGACGGAGUUGAUAGGCACCGCGAUGAUCUCCCAGUGGAAGAAGGACGAAAUGAGGGAAUCCCUGAAGGGCCUGAAGAAGACCAUGGAUGACUUGGACCGCAACUACAAGGCUGACAUCCAGAAGAGAGUCCUGGAAAAGACCAAGGAGGUGAUCGAAAGUAACCCCAACCAAGCGCUGCUCGUCAUGGAGAUGGAGACCGGGGCCUCAGCUAAGGCCCUGAACGAGUCCCUGAAGCUGCUGAAGUCACAAUCUCCUCAGACCGCUGCGAUGCUCUUCACUGUAGACCCUGAAGCUGGCAAGGUCACCUGCCUGUGUCAAGUCCCACAGGAUGUAGCUAAACGCGGUCUAAAGGCCAGCGAGUGGGUUCAGGAAUUGUGCCCCCUGCUGGAUGGCAAAGGAGGCGGCAAGGACAUGUCGGCCCAGGCCACGGGCAAGAACACACAGUGCAUGCAGGAGGCGCUGCAGAUGGCCAACCAGUUUGCACAGCUUAAACUGGGAGAAAACUAAGAGGAAAGGGGGGGCCUUUGUCGCAGGUGGGAAGAUUUAGGUUGCAAACAUAGUUUGGGUAGUUAAGUGGAAAGGAGGUAAUGGGUAUAGUCUCGACCAAGUUAGAAAUCACCACACACCAUCCUUUCCUUGGUCCAUUUCCUCUGCUUUGUUCUUCUCCCUUUGAAGACGUAAACAAUAACCCUUUAGUUAAUACAACCCCCAAAAGCAGUUCCCGCUUGUUUCAGGCUGCUUUAAACUGCAAACAACUUAACACUUUAUCUCAGCCUUGGAAAGAAAAGUAAAAAGUCAGUCCAGCUCUAAAGGGAUUUAGGCACUAUGUCCUUUGAUCUGAUCUGUAAACAGUGGCUCCGUCCAUCAGUGAGAGCGGAAGCCUGAGCUCUCUCCUGUGGUUGGUUGCACUAGAGUUGUACACACACUAGCUGUAACAUAGUCUUGCUUUUCGAAUGACAAGCCAUUAUCUGACGUGUAAGAACACAAGAGGUUUAUUGUAGUAAAAAAGGAUUUCAUUAACUGUAUAAAAUAAUCAUGAACGUGUCAAAUAAUUAAUCUGUGUAACUUAAUUCCACUCGCAAGAAAACGUUGAAUGCAAAAUGUCAGAAGCGUCAUGUUAUGAGAAUGGAAUAAAAACAACUGGUUAUGCUA